GUGAAUUCCCUGGACGACAGCGGGGUCCUGGUGGGGAACUGGACCGGGGAUUAUUCGCAGGGCACGAACCCCUCGGCCUCCGGCUCCGUGGGGAUCCUCAGGAGCUUCCACGGCUCCGGAGCCCCCGUGCGCUACGGGCAGUGCUUGUUCGCCGGCGUGGUCACCACUGUUCUGCGCUGCCUGGGCCUGCCCACCCGCACGGUGACCAAUUACAACUCGGCCCACGACACCGACACCUCCCUGACCACCGACAUCUACCUGGACGAGGCCAUGAGGCCCCUGGAGCGCCUCAACACCGACUCCGUCUGGAACUUCCACGUGUGGAACGACUGCUGGAUGAAGAGGCCGGACCUGCAGGGCUACGACGGUUGGCAGGUGGUGGAUGCCACGCCCCAGGAGACCAGCAGCGGCCUGUUCUGCUGCGGGCCGUGCUCGGUGACCGCGGUCAAGAACGGCGACGUCUUCCUCAAGUACGACACGCCCUUCGUCUUCGCCGAGGUGAACAGCGACAAGGUGUACUGGCAGCGGCAGGCGCACGGCGGCUUCGCCGUGGUGCACGUGGAGCAGGGCGCGAUCGGCCGCAGGAUCAGCACCCUGGGCGCCGGCUCGGCCGCCAGAGUGGACAUCACUGACCAGUACAAGCACCCCGAGGGCUCGGAGGAGGAGCGCCGUGCCGUCAACGCCGCCACCUCGCACGGCUCCCGCCCUCGCCAGCGCGGCCCCACCUCGGCCGGAGAGGUCACCCUGACCGUCGGCUCCGGCCCGGCCGUGGCCGGAGCCGAGCUGGACCUUCGGGCAGUGGUCAAGAACCAGGGGGCGGAGCCUCGGACGCUGCGGCUGCGCUUCUCCCUCUGCGCCGUGCGCUACACGGGCGUGGCCGGGGCCGCCUUCCGGCAGGAGCAGCACCGCCGGACGCUGCCGCCGGCGCAGGAGGACACGGUGACAAUGACCGUGAGUUACUCCGAGUACCAGCCCCACGUGGGUGACCAGGACGCGCUGAAGCUGACGGUGGCGGCGGCCGUGCAGGAGACGGGGCAGGUGCUGGCCAAGGAGCUGCUGGUGCGGCUGCACACGCCCGAGCUCACCCUGACGCUGCUGGGCCCGGCCGUGGUGGGCCAGGAGGUGCCUGUGCAGGUGGUUUUCCAGAACCCUCUACCGGAGCCGCUGACCGGAGCCUCGCUGAGGAUGGAGGGCGCCGGGAUCUCCUGUCCCAAACCGGUGUCACUGGGGUGA